UCUUCCCCCACAGUGGGUGAGUUGUAUAAAGCUGCAUUCGGUGAUUCCAAUUUGGAAGUGCAACCGCUGAGAGAAUGAAGUACUCUAUUUCCUUCCUUCUUCUAAUAUUCCUUUGGGCAUUACACUACUCAAACGCCGAAGAACCUUUCGAUGUUCGCAAACACCUCUCCACUGUCUCAAGAUAUGGUGUUGUGAAAGACAUUGCUGACAAUAACUUUGUUCCUUCUAAUAUCCCCGAGGGAUGUAUUCCGAUCCAUUUGAACCUUGUGGCAAGGCAUGGAACUCGAUCUCCUACAAAGAAAAGGAUAAAGGAGUUAGAUACUUUGUCAGCUCGUUUGGAAGUUCUUGUAAGGGAUGCAAAGGAACGAAAUUUGCCUUUGGAGAGAGUUCCCUCCUGGCUAAAUGGAUGGAAAUCUCCUUGGCAGGGAAGGCGGAAGGGUGGUGAACUAAUUAUCAAAGGAGAGGAAGAGUUAUAUGAUCUUGGAAUCAGGAUUAGAGAAAAGUUUCCAAAUUUGUUUGAUGAGGAAUACCAUCCAGACGUAUAUCCUAUCAAGGCAUCUCAGGUUCCCCGAGCAUCUGCUAGUGCUGUGGCAUUCGGAAUGGGGCUUUUCAGUGGAAAUGGAAGUCUUGGACCUGGGUAUCACCGAGCCUUUUCUGUCACAAGUGAAAGCCGUGCUAGUGACAUCCAGCUGAGAUUUCAUGACUGUUGUCAUAAUUACAAGGAUUUUCGGAAAAGGCAGGAACCUACAGUUAGUAAACUUAAGGAACCUAUUUUGGAUGAGAUUACAUCUGCAUUGAUUGGGCGCCAUGGGCUGAAUUUUACGAGGCAGGAUACAUCUUCUCUCUGGUUUUUGUGUAAACAGGAAGCAUCCUUGUUGGAUAUAACUAAUCAAGCGUGUAGUAUUUUCAGCCCUACCGAGAUUGAAUUGCUGGAGUGGACAGAUGAUUUGGAGAUGUUUAUUCUGAAGGGUUAUGGUAAUUCACUAAAUUAUAGAAUGGGAUUGCCGUUACUAGAAGAUGUUCUUCUAUCCAUGGAACAGGUUAUCAACGCUAAAGAAGAAAGACAUGCGCCUGGCAGUUUGGAAAAGGCAAGGCUUAGGUUUGCCCAUGCUGAAACUAUAGUUCCAUUCUCAUGUCUGCUUGGUUUAUUUCUCGAAGGAUCUGAGUUUAAACAAAUUCAGAAGGAGCAGCAUUUGCCGCUCCCCCCAAAGCCUCCACAGAAAAGAAAAUGGAGGGGUAACACUGUGGCCCCUUUUGCUGGUAACAACAUGCUGGUCUUGUAUAGUUGUCCUGCUCCAGACAAAUCUAUGAGCAAACACUUUGUGCAAGUGUUACACAAUGAACACCCUGUACCAAUGCAGGGUUGUGGUGGCUCUGAUUUCUGUCCAUUUGAAGUAUUCAAGGAAAAAAUAGUUGCACCUCAUCAGAAGCAUGACUAUCAUACGGUCUGUAAUGUAAAGCUAGAGCAGAAGCCUUCUGGCAGCAGGAUUUUUCAAAUAUUUCAGUGGCUUUCCUCACGAGGGAAAGGUGAUAAGUACCCUAAAGAUGAAUUUUAGUUUGUUUCCUAGGAAAGGAGCCUCAAAUCUUACAUUCUUUCCCUUGGUCGUAUCACCUCUAAACAAAUUUUGUAUCACCUCUAAACAAAUUUUCAGACAUGAGCGCCUAUUCCUUCUUCUAGCAGAGAAUCAAGUUUACCUGGGUUGCGCUGCCACUGCAGGAAUGCCUUUGUUAUCUUAAAGCUUGGUGAUUGAGCCUCCUUGUCUGUAGAUUUUAACACCCAGACAAUUUGGAGGUGGAAAGUUGAGUUCUAAGUGUCAUUUUUCUUUUUUCUUUAGUAGCGUUACUGUCAUAGAUAAUGUAGCUUGAUGUAUCAUAUUUCGCUGACUAAUCGUCUCAUUAGCUCUCUCGAAUUACAGUUUUGUUUUUUGUUUUUUUAA